AGCAUUUUUUCUUUCUGCAGGCAACAAGCAUCAGGAAGAUUGAGGAAUCGGUUGAACUUGUUGUGGAAAUCUAUCCGCUUAUAAGGACUCCGUUUCUUUACAGGUUGUUGAUCGUCUGUGAUCUUCAAAAACUCUUGACCGUUUCCCGCGAUCGAUUCUUUUGAAAACUUCAAACGAAACGGUCUGCAAACCUUUCAUUUUAAGCGUAUUUUGUUUUUCACUGAUAGCAGGUCUUCAGUACAUUUAUUAGCCUUCUUGGCCAUCUCUUAAAACAAAAAAUAACCAGCCAUUGACUGGAAAGCUCUUUUGACUUGACGGUGCAUGUUUUACUGUCUUGAUUCUUAGACCGGCAGGUCCUAUAAUUAUAGUGGGUUCCAUAAAUUAAAAAAAUAACAAAAUAGGUUAUUUUACCAAUAGCUUUUCUUAUUUUUUUUUUUUUUUUCUCUUCUUCCUCCUUGUCGUUUUUGCUUUUCUUGUUCGUAACGUUGGACGCUAUUUCUCAUCUUCCCUCCAAAUUGUCUAAUAUCGAAUUUAUGUCGACAAUUACUGAUAUAUGUACUUUCUUUCUAGUUUGAUCACUCAAAAAGUAUUCCUUCAUCUUUGAGUGUAGAUACACCAUACUACUAGUUUCUUGAUUUUUGUUUAUUUCCUCUAUAUCUAUCUGUCUUUGAAGCUGUACCUUCUCUCACAGCUUCUCCAAAAUCAUCUUGCUUCCUUUUACUUUUUUGAUUCCGAUUUCCUUGAUCCAUUCUUCUUCAUGCCUUUGAAAUUGUCUCUUCCUCGUUCGUCCAGCCAUGCUCGCGAAUCCCAUUGCCAAAUGGAUGUUCGGAUGGAGUCUCCUCCUCUCGUCCUUUUGGGUCCUCCAGAGACUUCCACCGGCGCCUUGGCUUCGGGAAUAUUUAAACUCACAAUCCUUCAUCAACCGUUUGUUCAUGUUCACUCAUUAAAACUUCAGUUGAAGCAGAAAAUUUCUGUUUACCAUCCUCCUGUAUCACAUUGCUAUGAAUGUGGAGGCUCAACUGAAGUAUUACAAGAAUGGUUGUUUAUUUCAAAUACGAAAUUUCCAAGCGGAACACACCAUUGGCCAUUCAGUUGGUUAUUUCCCGGUACGCUGCCUGCCACACUAUCUACGCGACAUAUUGGCGUUGAAUAUUAUCUGGAGGCUACGUUUUGCUAUGCAACCUCUGAUGGUGGCCUUUCUCCUUAUAAACCUGAAAUCAUGAAAUAUCCUUUAGAACUAAAAAGAGCCUUUGUCCCUGGCUCAGAUACCAUCCAUAAGCGAAUUUUCCCUCCCACUGAUCUUGUUGCAAACAUCACCAUGUCAAGCAUCUUACAUCCUCACACAGUAGCUCUCAUGGAAAUCACUAUGACCGGUUUCUUGCAGGCUGAUGGAAGCGAAUGGGGAGUUACUAGGGUUACUUGGCGCCUAGAAGAACACUUAAAUUAUACCCCUAGACCUUGUGAUCGUCAUAAAGACACUGUUCGGUUUCGUACUGUCCAAGAGAAAAAAAUCCUUAGCGCCCAAGAUUUACAAUCAGGGUGGAAAUUUGUCGAUCACCAAUUCUUUUUGACCUGUCAAAUUAACGCGGCUGCAUUUCGGGAACCAACUUGUGAUGCAGAACUUUCUGGUCGAUUUAAUCUAAAAAUCUCUCAUUUCCUAAUCAUCGAAGCUAUUGUCAAUCGACGAAAGGGAGCGACAAGUAAUAUGGGAAAUGCUCGUAUUUUGCGAGUGUCAAUUCCUCAACCCCUUACAAGCCCUGCUGGUUUGGGCAUUAGCUGGGAUGAAGAAUGUCCUCCGGUUUUUGAAAGCGUAGGGCCAGCUCCUCCAGCUUAUUGUUGAAAUAAUUUACACUUUUUUGUUUCAUACUACUAAAAAGAAUUAUUUUAUAGUUUUUGUUUCUAAUUAUUCAAUUUAAUUAUUUUACGAUACGGUGGAGUAGGUAUUUUACUAAACUCAUUUAAUCAAUAAUACUUUUUCUUUCUGUCUUUA